UUCCCCGGCCCGCUAACUUCCUGGGGACAGGAACACAACUCCGGGAAUACCGCGUGGCAGUCGCGGGGGCAGCCGGGCUGGGCUCCGGGGCGGGCGGCUGUGCUUGAGUGUCACGUUUCCAGUCAAGAGCGCCGAUCUACACAAGCUAAUGCUAGCCGGUUAGCUCAUUGUGGUUUAUGGGUUAUGCUAGCUAGUUAGCCGCAUCCUGGUAGCUUUUAGAUCGACAUGCUGGGGCGGGCCCAAGUCAGCAUCCUUCCCGAAGUGGAAAAAAAAGGAGACGAGCUCCAAACAAGCUAAAAGUUGUCCUCCGGGCGGGCGGAGUGAGGACAUGGAUGAAAAGGAAUUAUUUUCGCGAGGAAACUAAAACGCCUCACCAGGGAAGGGAAAAGAAUGAUCACCUAGCCGCUAGUUUGAGCUGUUUUUCCCCGCCGUGCAAGAGAAAAGUUGUGGCGUCGCUUCCCGCCCCUUCCCCAAAAUAAGAAGUCUUCGUCGGCCAUGGCGAGCCCCGAAGGAGCCGCCGCCGCCAAAGUCAAACUGAGGCCACGGAAGAAGAAGAAGAGCAAAAAGGAGAGUAAAACCAGGAGCGUUUACGCCAACAUCCUCGGCGAGGAGGACGACAACAACCCCAACCGACACUACGCCGACAACAAAAUCAAGACCACCAAGUACACGGUGCUCUCCUUCUUGCCCAAGAAUCUCUUCGAGCAGUUCCACCGCUUCGCCAAUGUUUACUUUGUCUUUAUCGCGCUGCUCAACUUCGUGCCGGUGGUCAACGCCUUCCAACCCGAGCUCGCCCUUGCCCCCGUGGUCUUCAUCCUGUCCGUCACGGCUAUCAAAGACCUGUGGGAGGACUACCGCAGACACAGGUCCGACAAGGAGAUCAACCACAUGGACUGUCUUGUCUACAGCAGGACAGAGCGGCGCUAUGUGGAGAAGUUCUGGAAGGAGGUGCACGUGGGCGAUUUUAUCCGCCUGCGCUGCAACGAGAUCCUGCCGGCCGACGUCCUGCUACUGAGCUCCAGCGACCCCGACCGCCUGUGUCACAUCGAGACGGCCACUCUGGAUGGCGAGACCAAUCUCAAGCAGCGGCAGGUGGUGCGCAGCUUCUUCGACCUGGACUGCGACUUUGACCCGUCCAAGUACAACAGCGUCAUCGAGUGCGAGAAGCCCAACAAUGACUUGAACCGAUUCCGAGGGUACAUAAUCCACCGGAGUGGCAGACGAGACGCACUUUACAAAGACAACCUGCUGCUGAGGGGCUGCACCAUCCGCAACACGGAGGAGGCAGUGGGCAUCGUCAUUUACGCAGGUCACGAGACCAAAGCCAUGCUCAACAACAACGGGCCUCGCUACAAGCGCAGCAAACUGGAGCGACAGAUGAAUGUGGAUGUCUUCUGGUGCGUCAUCAUCCUGCUGGUCAUGUGCUCCUUUGCUGCUGUUGGUCACGGGCUGUGGAUGUUUCAGUACGGCGAUAAGAGGCCCGUUUUUGACGUCCUCAGUCCGGAGGGAACAGACUUGUCGCCCGUCUUGUCGGCCAUCUAUCUCUUCCUCACCAUGAUUAUCGUCUUUCAGGUGCUGAUCCCCAUCUCGCUGUUCGUGUCCAUCGAAAUCGUGAAGAUCUGCCAGGUUUACUUCAUCCACCAGGACGCCGAGCUGUACGAUGAGGAGAGCGACUCCCACCUUCAGUGUCGUGCGCUCAACAUCACCGAGGACCUCGGGCAGAUGCAGUACAUCUUCUCCGACAAGACCGGCACGCUCACGGAUAACAAGAUGGUGUUCCGCCGCUGCACCGUGGCGGGCGUGGAGUACUCGCACGAUGCCAACGCAAGGAGACUUGCCAUGUACCAGGAGAUGGACUCGGAGGAGGAGGAGUGUCCGUCCCGCGGCGGGACGCUGCCUAGGCGAGACAGCGUGGGCAGCCACCACAGCGUCAAAGUGGUGCUGCGCUCCCACAGCACCAAAUCCCACCGCAGGACGGGCAGCAGGGCCGAGGCCAAGAGGGCCAGCAUCCUGUCCAAGCACACGGCCUUCAGCAGUCCAAUGGAGAAGGACAUCACGCCCGACCCUCAGCUGAUGGACAAAGUCAAUGAAUGCGGCAGUCAGAUGGACUUCAUGCGCUUCCACAGCCAGCCUAUGUCCCAGCUGCCCUCCGACCUUGGCGACAUCAUGGAUUUCUUUAUCGCGCUGACCCUCUGCAAUACGGUGGUGGUGUCCUCCCCCGACCAGCCUCGUCACAAGGUCCGAAUGCGGUUCGAACUCAAAUCCCCGGUCAAAACCAUCGAAGAUUUCAUCAAACGCUUCACGCCGAGCCGCCUGACCUCAGGCUCCAACAGCAGCAGCUCGUCGAGCCUCGCCACCAACCGCUCCUCCACCAAGGGCUGCUCCAGCACGCUGUCCUCUCCUUCGGCAGAGAGUGUGAACGCAGAUGGCGGCGCUGAGCAUCCAAACGCCGCCGCGACGUGUCAACCCUCUUCUGCCAAUCACAUCGCCGUCUUCCUUCCCGUCCCAUUCUGUCGUGCGUGUUUCCAAGGUAACUCCAAGGGAAAACGGCAGAAAAAGAUCAUCUACAGGACCCAGAACUACCUGAACCAGUACGCCGCCGACGGCCUGCGCACACUUUGCAUUGCCAAAAAGGUUCUGAGCAAGGAGGAAUACGCCUGCUGGCUGCAGCGCCACCUGGAGGCAGAGACAGCCAUCCAAGGUCGGGAGGAGCUGCUCUUCGAGUCGGCCCUGCGUCUGGAGACCAACCUCCAGCUCCUGGGUGCGACGGGAAUCGAGGACCGGCUGCAGGACGGCGUGCCCGAAACCAUCGACGCCCUGCGGAAGGCCGGCUUGCAGAUCUGGGUGCUGACGGGCGACAAGCAGGAAACGGCCGUCAACAUCGCAUACGCCUGCAAGCUGCUGGACCCCGAGGAGGAGAUCUUGACUCUCAAUGCCGACUCCAUGGAGGCUUGUUCCCUGCUCCUUGAGGAGAGUUUACACUACAUCCAGGCCAAAUUCCUGUGCGGCUCGGCCAAGGCCUUCCAUGCCGACUUCGCCCCCUUCCACAUCUAUCCGUCUUCUCCUCCUCCUCCUCCGCACUGGUCGUCCUCUCACGCCGCCGUCCACCGGCUGGGUUUGGUGAUCGACGGCCGCACCCUGGCCUACGCCCUGGACCGCAGCCUGGAGGACAAGUUCCUGGCGGUGGCGCGCAGUUGCCGCUCGGUGCUGUGCUGCCGAUCCACGCCACUGCAAAAGAGCAUGGUGGUCAAGCUGGUGCGCAACAAGCUGAAAGUCAUGACUCUGGCCAUUGGCGACGGAGCCAAUGAUGUCAGUAUGAUCCAGGUAGCUGACGUUGGCGUGGGCAUAUCGGGACAGGAGGGCAUGCAGGCGGUGAUGGCGAGCGAUUUUGCCCUGCCACGGUUCCGCAACCUCCAAAAGCUUCUGCUGGUGCACGGCCACUGGUGCUACUCACGCUUGGCCAACAUGAUCCUCUACUUCUUCUACAAGAACGCCAUGUUCGUGGCGCUCAUCUUCUGGUAUCAGUUCUACUGCGGCUUCUCGGGCUCGGCCAUGAUCGACCAGUGGUAUCUGAUCUUCUUCAACCUGAUGUUCUCCGCCUUCCCGCAACUCAUCACCGGCACGCUCGACAAGGACGUGUCGGCCCAGACGCUGCAGCAACUACCUCAGCUUUACAUCAACGGACAGAACUCGGAGGAAUACAAGCCAUACAUGUUCUGGAUGAACAUGAUUGACGCUUUCUACCAAAGUCUGGUCUGCUUCUUCAUUCCUUACUUUGCUUACGCCGACUCAGAUGUCGACCUGUUUACAUGGGGGACCCCCGUCACGACCAUCGCUGUGUUCACCAUUCUGCUGCACUUAGGGGUGGAGACCAAAACUUGGACGUGGAUGAACUGGCUAUCCAUCUGCUUCAGCGUGGCUCUCUUCUUCACGGUGGCGCUGUGCUACAACGCCUCAUGCCCCACCUGCUACUCCCCCUCCAACCCCUACUGGACCAUGCAGAGGCUGCUGCAGGACCCCACGUUUUACCUGCUCUGCCUCAUCACGCCAGCGGCCGCACUGCUGCCCAGAUAUUUCUACCGGGCGUGUCAAGGCACGAUCUUUCCCAGCCCGGUGCAAGUGGGGCGGCAGUUGGACCGGCUCCCCGCCAAAGACCCGCACGGGAACAUCCUGAGCUUGAGCGGAAUCCAGACGGGCGCGCGGCCCGAUCCCGAGAGAAAAUCCUCCGUCGCCAAAGACCCCCGCCGCCCUCGUGAGGAAUCGCAGCGUCCCGACGCCAGUUUGUCGGUCCGGAUCGACCUCCCCGCCGAAGGAGGCGUCAAGUACACCAAGAACUCACAGGAGAGACUCAGCGUCGGGUGAAGUGCCAUCCCUCCCCCGCCCCUUUGUCCAAUUUGCACGUUUUUUUAUGACAUGUUUCCAAAGAGCUUCUUUUAUAAAGGAUGCAAAUAGGUACUUUAUUUUAUCUAAUGUUAUUUAGGGGGGCGGUGGGCGGAGUUAGAAGAAGAACUGGAUGUUCUUUUUAUUUGCCGGGAAAGCUUCAUUUUUCACAGAAGAUGCAUCUCAGUACUGGCUGGGUCUGAAACGAUGAACAUAUUUCCUUUUUUUUUUUUUUUUUUUUUAAACGUACAAAGUGCUUUGACGCAACAGUGGCCUUGAUUGCGUCUUUCUAAGAGGACUUCUUUUCAGCACACAGUGACCUCGGUUCAUUGCAGUGUUAGUGCCGCACUGAAAAGAAAGAAAAAUACUGAAAUGAUGAGGCGGAAAAAAAGUCAUAAAAGGGCAAGUUAAAAAAAUAUAUAUAUCUUACACGAUAAGAACAAGAGGGUUGAGGUUUGAAGAAAAAGUCGUAUUAUGUCGAAUUUUGUUGUAAAGCCCCCCCCAAACAAAAAGUUUUGAAAGAAGUCAAAUUUCAAGAAUAAAGUGACGACAGUUGUUAAUCGCUUUCACUAAAAGUUGUAAAUUGAGUAAAAGUCAUAACUUGUGUAAAAUUACACUGAUUAUUAUUUUUUAAUUUUUUUUUUUGAACAAAAGUCCUAUAUUCCCAGAAAAGUCAUAAAUUGUUGAACAAUUUUUAAUUGGCUAGAAAAGUCUUAAAUUACAACACUAAAAUACAAAGUCGCAAACUGAAGAAAGUUAAAUUUUAUUCAACUAAUUUUGCAAAUUACAGGAAAAAGUCAAAAGGAAAAAAAAACAAAACAAGAAUAGUCACAUUCAAAGAACAAAGUCAUGAAUAAAAUGCUACAUUUUAAAGUUGUUAAAUAUUAGGGCACAUUUGUACAACUUCAAAAUCAACCCCCCCAAAAAAGUGAAGUUAUUUCAUUGUGAAUUUUUUCUCGGAUUGGUUCCACUUCAUUUUCUGACUUUAUUCUCCUCAUUUUUUUUUUCCUUUGUAGUGCGGCACUAAUACUCGCUCAUGUACAAUUUGUCCGAUCAUUUUACUGGAUGUAUGCUAACGCUAAUGUCUCUUCUAUGCAUUCCAGUGAGAAAUCCAAAGACAUUCCAGCCAAAUCUUGCGGGACUGAUGCUUAUUGUUUCAUUGUGUUUUAACAGUGUUUACCAAAGAUGCCUUGACCGCCGCAACUUGCGGCCGGGAGACUUAGCGUAGACUAGCCUAGCUUAGCCUCGCUUCAUUUAGUUACGCAACUCUUCCCAGCUGCGUCUUCAUAUCUUAUUUUUUUUUCAUAUCCAAUUAAGCUGGGAAUGAAGGCAACUGCCUCGUUUUGCCCCAAAAAACAAAUCACGUUAAGCUGGCAAACAAUUUUACUUGAAAGUUUCAAAAACAUAUUUUCUGUGCUCUUGUUCAGCUGGAAAAAACAAAACAAAACAAAAAAAACAACAACAACAAAAAAAAAACUAAACCAUUUGACUGGCCAAAGAGAAAAAAAAAAAGUUAAAUGCACUUUGACAUUUUCAGACGUUCCGUUUGGUUCCCAGGAAGAAACGACGUGGUCGUUGAAUACAUCAUUGUUCAUGUAUGUUGUAUUUUCCACAUAUGUGCCUUAACACUGGAUAAUAAAUGUUAUCGUUCCCCGUUGAGGAAA